AUGAGGAUCGAGACGUGCUACUUCUGCUCGCAGCCUUGCUACCCAUCGAAGGGAAUUACCUUUGUCCGGAACGAUGCACGACUCUUCAGAUUCUGCCGCAGCAAAUGCCACAAGAACUUCAAGAUGAAACGCAAUCCUCGCAAGCUCAAGUGGACCAAAGCCUUCCGCAAGUCUGCUGGCAAAGAAAUGGUGGUGGACAGCACACUCAACUUCGCCGCCCGCCGCAACGUCCCCACCCGCUACAACCGCAAUGAUAUGGAGAAGACACUCAAGGCGAUUGCGAGAGUCAGCGAGAUCAGACAGAAGCGCGAGAGGGUGUUCUACAAGAAGCGGAUGGCGGGUAAUAAGGAGAGAGAGCGGGAAGCGAACAGGAAGCUGGUUGCAGAGAAUCAGCACUUGUUGCCGAAGGUGAGGGCUAGUGAGAGGGCGGCGCUGGAAGAGAAUGGUGCGGAGGUCGAGGAGUUGCCGUUGGAGAGGGAGAAGAGCAAGGUGUUUGGCAAGAUGAAGCAGAGACGGAAAGUGUUGGUUGAUGGUGGGGUGGAGGAUGAGAUGGAUGUGGAUUGA